AAAUUAUUAUUGUCUACGACACUACAAUAUCUCAAUCAAUCCACAAUUAAACUACAUUGUUCUAAAUCGCAAGGUAACAUUGACAUUGUUCUUGUUUUUCCGAUCAAGUCAAUAUUUGUGCUUGCUGGAGGAACGUCAUUGGUCUACGGGUUUUUGGGUAUAAAAAGGCCCAGAGGUUUUUGAUCGGCAUCAGUUCGGUUUCAACUCUCACCACAAUGAGAGCAACCACCCUCGUGAUCUUGUGCUGUGCGGUGGCGUACGCCGGAGCCCAACAAGUCGAUGAAGAUGACGCACUUGCGGCUAUAUGGAACUUGGAAAGCCAAAUGAGUGAAACCGCAUUUGACAAAAAGGAUUCAGUUUCCGUCGAAAACGGAACAACUUACGAAAAACAAACGACCCGAAAGGAGUUCCACAGACAAGUUGCUAAACCAAAUGUCUCAGGAGAAGACAAGAUAGUGAGGACGUUCGUCAUCGAGACCGAUGCUGACGGUCAAGAGACCAUUUACGAAGAGGAUGUGGUCAUCCACAAGGUGCCAGGUGGCGAAAGCACGUCUACCACCACUGGACGCCGCGCCAUUUCAGGUUUCGGUGGCUCUUCAGCCAGCUCUAACGCUGCAGCCAGCGCCGGUGCCCGCCCUGGCCCGCAAUCUGGUUCAGCAUCCUCAUCAGCUAAUGCUGCUGCAUUAGCUCAAUCAGGACCACAAAGACCAAGCGGGCCACGAGGACUAUCAGGCCCACAAGGACCAUACGGACCACAAAAAGGCCCACAAGGUAUUAAUAUAUGUAGCAUUAAGGUGACAGUCCAUUUCCAACAACAGCAGCACUACCAUUCAUUUUACUAUGGAAAUUGA